AUGUACGGAAACGACCACAUACCCGUUCACCACGUCACGGGCUCGGGCCCAAACCCACGCCCGAAGCCCAUAAAGCGCCAUCAUUCGACCAAAUACUAUCUCCAACGUGUCCAAGACAGUCUCACUACCCGUGUCUCCAAAAUGGUCUGCACCAUCUUCUUAAGCCUCCUCGCAAUCAUCGGGCUCAUCACCUUCAUCGUCUGGCUCAGCCUACGUCCACACCGGCCCAGAUUCUUUCUCCGUGACUUCACCGUUGCGGGCCUUCAGGCCCAAUCCGGAGUUCAAACAGCCCAGUUAGCCUUCAAAGUAGACGCGCGAAACUCCAACCUAAACAUUGGAGUUUACUACGAGUCAAUGGCCGGGACGGUUUAUUACCGAAACAACGUUAUCGGGUCAACACCGAUACCGUUUCCAUCUUAUCAGGGGCCAAAAAACACUACAAAAGUUAUUGCAGUUUUUGCCGGUCCAACCUUAACUGUUAGCAGUCAAGGUUGGACUGAAAUCCAGAACGAUAGGGCUGAUGGUAGUGUGAUGUUUAGUUUGGAAUUGACGUCUGUGAUUAAAUUUAAGAUAUCCUCGUGGGAAAGCCAGCGCCACAAGAUGCAUGCUAACUGUGAUGUGGGAAUCGCAGCCAAUGGUUCUCUCUUGCAUAUUUACAAAGACAAGAGAUGCAUCGUUUCCUUUGCUUGA